AUGGCCUCCGAGAAGAAGAGCCAGCACAUCGACCUCGAGUCGAAGCCCAACGACAACUUCGUCGAGAUGUCGGCCGAGGACGAAAAGGGCGGUGUCCUGCAGCCCGGCGCGGACUACUCUGGCGCGGUGGCCAAGUCGAGCCCAGAGGAGAUUGCUCUUGUCCGGAAGCUUGAUUUGAGAAUCAUGCCAACACUCUGGUGCAUGUACUUCUUGAACUACCUCGACCGAAACGCCAUUGCACAGGCCCGUCUCGAUGGCCUUGAGACGGAUCUCGGCCUGGUGGGCUCCCAGUACAACACCUGUAUCUCGAUCCUCUUCGUCGGCUACCUCCUCAUGCAGAUCCCCUCCAACAUGCUCAUGUCCUCCAAGCACGUCCGGCCUUCCAUCUACAUGGCCGUAUGUAUGAUGGCGUGGGCCGUCGUCUCCGCCUGCACCGCGCUCGCCAAGAACUACACCCACCUCGUCAUCGUCCGCUUCUUCCUGGGCGUCACCGAGGCCCCCUUCUACCCGGGCGCCAUCUACAUGCUCUCCAUCUUCUACACCCGCAAGGAGAUCGCCACGCGCCUGUCGAUCCUCUACUCCGGCAACAUCUUCGCCACCUCCUUCUCGGGCCUCAUCGCCGCCGCCGUCUUCAACACCGUCGACGGGAACCAUGGCCUUCACGGUUGGCAAUGGUUGUUCAUCAUAGUUCGUUCCUCCCCCCUCCCCAUUCUCCCACUGAACGGGAUUGCCGAGAUAAAGUCACUGACGUCCCGGCUACAGGAGGGAUGCCUCACCUUCGGGGUUGCCGUCAUCGGCAUGUUUACCCUCGCCGACAGCCCGCUGACGACGCGCUGGCUGAAGCCCGAGGAGCGCCAGCUCGCCCACGAGCGCAUGCUUCGGGAUACCGUCGGCCUCGAGGAGAGCAAGGGAGCCAAGGCCGGCUUCAUGCAGGCCGUCCGCGACCCCCGUCUCUGGCUGCUUUGUUUUAUCCAGAACAUGCACCUGUCGGCUUGCUCCUUCAACAACUUCUUCCCCACGGUCGUCGGCUCCCUCGGCUUCAACCCGACCAUCACCCUGGUCCUUACGUGCCCCCCGUACCUGAUUUCCGGAAUCUUUGGUUACUUUGUCGGCAUCUCUUCCGGCAAAUACAACGAGCGCACGUGGCACAUCACCGUGUGCAUGGGCAUGGCCAUCGUCGGCUUCGUCAUCUCGUGCGCGACGCUCAACACCCCGGCGCGCUACGUCUCGUGCUUCCUCUUCGCGUCUGGGGCGUACGCGGUGAACAGCUGUAUCCUGGGUUGGGUGUCUGCCACUCUGGGCUCCACCCAGGAGAAGAAGGCAGUCAGUCUGUCCAUCGUCAAUGUCGUUGCUAAUGCUUCGUACAUCUACACCGCUUAUCUGUACCCCAAGAGCGACGGACCUCGUUAUCUGACGGCUAUGGCGAGCAAUGCUGCUUUCGCCUUUGCCUGCAUUGCCGGAACAUGGGCGCUGCGGGUCUGGCUUAUCCAGACGAACAAGAAGAUGGGAUCGAGCGGCACCAAAUAUGCUUACUAG